GCAUGCCUUUUUCGAAGUUGAAGCGCACCCAUAAAUACGACGUGUCAGUGAAGAAUGCGCUGCUGGUGGUGGUGGAGUUGCUGGACCAGAGGGAGAUGGAAUGCAGUGUGGCCAAUGACUCAUCCGCCCAGGAGUGCGUGAACAUUGUGCUGAACAGAUUGCAAGUACACGCAGAGGGCUUCUACUUCGGACUGCAGUAUCUCAACAAACAGAAACACAGGUACAGGUGGUUAGAAUUGGACAAAAGCCUCAAGAAACAACUAGAUAAAGCGGGAUCAGUGUCGAGCCAUGUUCUCAGAUUCGGUGUCAUGUACUACAUUCCCAACAUAAGCAAGCUUCAAACCAAACAAGCCAGACAUCUCUACUUUCUACAAGUGAGAAAACUCAUCACUGAAAACUCUUUCAAUUGUUCCCUGGAUGCAAUUUGUGUACUGGCAAGUUACUCACUUCAAGCAGAAUUUGGAGACUUCAACCCAGCUGUACAUAAUGUCAGAUUCCUGCAGAAUUACCCAGUGUUUCCCAGCAAACUGUAUGGAAACGCCCCAGACGAGCUAUUUGAGAAGGUUCUGAAGCUGUACAAGGAGAGACAUGGUUUAAGUGGAGAUCAGGCAGAGCUGUGUUACAUGACUGAAGCGCAGCAGAUAGAAGAUUACGGAGUGGAAUAUGUAGAGGCCAAAAUGGACAGGACCAAGGAAGACGUUUCCAUUGGAACCAGUUCGGUUGGAUUAGUGCUGCGCUUCCGGCCACAGUCAUCAGAAACAGGCACUCACAGUGGGGUAGACGCUGACACAGUGGAGAACAAACAGAUGAUCAGCUGGUCCAAAAUCCACCAGAUGAACUACAAGGACACUUCCUUUCUAGUGGUCAGGCUGGACAAGUCUGAGAUGAAGUUUACUGUCAAGUCAAAUGAAGAGUGCAGAUAUCUGUGGGUGCGAAGCAUUGGAAAUCAUCAGAUCUAUCGACAAAGCCGCAAGCUUAGUUUGGCGGCGGCUUCCUCUAGAAGU